AUGGACACCGUCGACAUCCCCUUCGACUCCAUCUGGUGUCCCGUCUGCUCUCGCCAGAUUGUUCCCAAACGCAUCUCCGUCCCCAUCCAACCCCAGCCUACUCCUGCCCCCCCCGCAUCCCCCACCGCCACACAGCCCAAAACAUCACCGCGCCAAGAUGCGCCUGCUCGCCUCACCCGUGGUAAGACAGGCACCAUUCGCCCUCGCGCGCAGGGCCUUGUCCACGGCACAGGUCGUGUCAAGCCCAACGGCGCGAUCAAGCGCUCACCCACCAAGGACGCAUCUCAGGACGCGACCUCGGUUGCGCUUCCCCCAAGCAAACCAGCCGCGCCGGUCCGCCACCGUACUAUGAUCGACCAGACACCCGCUCCUCUCUACUGCUCGGACGAGUGUCGCCUCGCCGACCUCCAGUCCUACCACUCCGCCAUCGACAUCAAAUAUAACCCCGAGCGGUGUGUGUCCCCUCGCCUCCCCCCCGUCCCCCCAAAUUCCGUCUCGGAUAUCCACGGGUCUCAGGAUGACAGCGAUUGCUCGAGCGGUGCGUCGUACGAGUCGCGGUCUUCCACCUCUUCUCCCAUCACUACCUCCUCCGUCGCCCACGCGCCCUUACCCAAGGGUGACUGUGGUGCCGAUGCGUACUCGCGUCUCUCUGCCAUUUAUGGCUUCGCUCCUCUCCCCCCACCUCCGCCCUUCACCCGCAAGGCUCCGAAGGCUUCAGAGGAGGCUGCUCCUCGGCUUGAGGGUGGUAUUAUGAUGGCUGCUCGCCGCAUUCAAGCCGCCCUCUGUCCUGAGAAGCCCAAGAAGUCCUCUUGGGGCGUUCCCGUCCACAGCGACCCCGAGGAUGACAACAAGCCCAUUCCGGGUUGGACGGACGGGUCGAAUGCGUGGCGUGCGAGCGUAUAUGGCUUUGCGCCGCCUCGCGACUUCACUCGUUCCGACCCCGACGAUGCCGCCAUCCGUGCUUACGGUUCCUAUGUCGCAAGCCCUCAUCGCUCGCGGGGUGUUCAUUCGACUCUAGGCGAAAACAAGCCCGCUGCUGAGGUCAAACCCAGUGCCUCUACUCCCUCUCUCCCAUCCCGCGUUGUCGACUCUUCCACUCAGGAGCUCUACCGUCAGUACUCGGCGUCCUUUACUAGGCGCUCCGAGUCACGGAGCUCCCUUGUGCGGGGUGUGCCUCUUUCCACUUCUCCCACUGGCUCUGCUCGUUCUAGUUCUGCUCGCGAGUUCUCUCUCCUCAAGCCAGGCGCUGAGGGCCGUCUCUUGGUCCCUGAUGUCAAGAUGCGUCGUGUCAACUCUAGCGUUUCUAGCAUCGGGGGUAGCUCCGGGACUUCCUGGGGCAGCCAAAGUGCCGUCUUCAGCGCCGGGUCUGUCGCGGGCAGGAAGCGGAGUCCCCUCAGUCGCCAGAACAGUGAUGUGAGUGUGGACACUGCCGCGACUCAGAGCGAAGGGGACGAAUACGAUGCUCGUGAGGCGGCGUGUUCCAUGCCUGCUGUUGGCAAGGCGCGGCCCACCGCAACCAUGCGGACUUGGAGCUACUCUUCAGAGACCUUCACGUAUCCAAUCAUGCGCACCGCCCCCAAGAAGGAGAAGCGUAUCGAGCGCAGAGUUGUGGACGGUGUCGAGGAGGACGUUGAGGUCGAGGUCGAGGUCGAAGAGCCCAUCAAGCGGCUUUUCCUCUUUGGCGGCGCGCGCGAUUGAGCGCAGUAAGGUUAUGUUGCGGGUGACGUGCGAGGUGUCCUCGUCGUCGUCUCGUUCGCAUCACCAUUGUCCGCAGUUCGAUGUCGUUCACACGCAUACCCUCUGCAUCGUCGAUACCUGGAUACCUCGCUCGCAUCGCGCAUACCCUCGCCUCCCCCUCCUGACCAGCAUUACCAUUCACUCGCAUUCGAUGCACCAUCCUCACAGUCCCUCGCAGCGCUGCCGUCGCCUCAUUUAUUUGCCUCGCUUGUCGCAUGCUGUCGCACCUGGAUCUCCUGCAAGCUUAUCCUUAUCCUCAAUGCCUACCCUACCCUAUCGCCAACCCUCGAAAUCGGUCCGAUACCUUAUCCCCUCCUACUGGGCAUUACGCUACGACCCACCUACAUGCUCGUGCCCAACGCCAUUCUUAUCGCGAGCGAUGUGCACAAAAAAGGACCCAUACCUACGUGUAUAUUAUCUGUACCACCACUGCUUUCCAUGGGUCUUGGCUUAUCGUCGUCCGGUCUCAGGGUUCGUCGUCUCGGGCUCUCCAGGGUAGGGGAUCGGGCGCGCGCGCAUAUCCGUCGUCACAUUUCCGUUCUUCACCUACGUCAUGUGGACCAAGGACGUGUAUAUUGUCGUGUAUCGGUACUCCGCUCGUUCGCUCAUCUCGUGGUCGCUCGUUUGGUCUUUCAGGCUCUCCUCGUCUCGCCCUUUCUAUCCCGUCGUCUUUUCUGGAUGUCUUCUCGGUAUUGGUGUCCAUUGACAGCUGUAUGAACAGUAACCCCCUCGUGCCUAAUAUCGUGUCCUAUUUUCGUUGUGCAUGUUGUUUCGCUUUGUUCACCAGUUCUUGGUUGUUAUCGUGUACCACUAUCAUCGUCUUGUCACCAUCUCCUCACUUACCCUUGCGCAUAUCUCAUCGCAUCUGCAUCCUGGUCAUCACGCAUCCUUUGCACUCCCACAAUUGCAUCGCAGCCAUCACGGGUACCUCGCACCAUUACCAUACCGCAUCACACGCAUACCUCACGCACAUACGAUGAUACCGCGCAGAACCUCCUUACAUUUACC